UUGACUUAUGAAGAGUGAAGAAUAACUGAAGAAGUUCGGAAGGAAGGAAAUGUUCAAAUAUUUCGUUGCGUUUUUAGCAAUAUUGUCGUAUUGCGUUACUGCUACAAUUGUAAGGCAAUGUCAAAACGGUGGCCCUUUGCCAUUAAAUGUUAAUAUUGAAGGUUGUAGUGAACCUCCUUGUGAUGUAAUCAAAAAUGAAACGGCUAUCAUGCGUAUACAUUUCGUGGGAACAAAAAAUAAUAUACGUUCUAUAGCAGCUCAAGUGAAGGCAAAAGUGUUCGGCCUUACUGUACCGUAUCCAUUGCCACAACAUGUUGCCGAUGUUUGUUCCAAUUUAAUGUAUGAAGCCAUGUGUCCAAUCUAUAAAACGGAAGACGUCGUCUAUCAAUUUAAUUUUUUUGUCGAAACUAUUUUUCCGGAAAUUCCGGUAACCGUUGAGAUAUCGUUGACGGAUAACAGUCGAGAACUGAUCGCUUGUUUCAGUUGUGAUAUCAAAGUGAAGAGCAAAAGAACGCGAACGGCGGAGAAUCAACUGGAACCAAGUGAAUUGUUAAUAGAUUAGGAGGAGAAGCGUCUUUGCGAAAAUACAGUUUACCCCUAAAUUGCAUUUGAACCUAUGAAUUUUUUUUCAAAUUAUUAGAAUAACUGUAAUUAUGAAAG